GCAAUAAUCAUGAGAUCCUUUUUAGAUUUAUACUGGUCUAUAAAACCUCAAGUCUAAGAGUAGACAGUGCAUAAUAAAUUUACGAUCUCUGUAGAGAUCUAGCUACAAAGCAAUGGCGGUUAGCCAAGAGGAAGAGAACUACAAACGGUUCGAGUCAUUGAAAGAGAAGUUUAGUAUCCCAGAAUCCCAGGAGCCAGCUGUACAGCACAAGGAGAGAGUUAGGCCGUCCAGUGGAGGCAAGCAGAGACGAGAUCCACGCGGCAUGGCACCACCGCUCGUGCCGCUGGUGGAGGAGGGGGACCAGAUACAACAGGACUUGUAUGCUGCAUCACCUGUGGACGAGAGACUGACGAAACUAGCCCAGGGAGGCCCCAACCUUCCCCUCUCCUCACCAGUCAAGGGCAAAUGGAAGUACAGUCUGCACCCCAAAUCUAACCACUUGACUACUGAUUUCGAUGCUAUUGAGACGGCCUCGGUGACCAGCUGUAGCUCUGCCUACUCCUCGGGCGAGUCGAGUGCCUUCGGUCCAUUUGGUCCUGGGUCCGUCACUGAGCUCUCGGAGAUUGGGUCAUGUGAUACAGGCAUGGAGUACGACCACCCCCCACACAGACACUACAUAAGCCACCCCCUGGGCAGCGAUGAUGUAACCAGUGAAAUCGUCCCAAAGAGUACCAAAGCAUGGGACAAGGCAAUUGGUGACUGGAUGUUCAUGGGCGUAUCCCAGCCAUCGUCUCCAUCACAGCCGAGUAUGAGACGACCCUCCAAUGAAGUGCGACUGCCCACCCCCCUCUCAUCACCAUUCAGCAGCACAGACAACCUUCUACUAGACGCUGGAAGCAGGACAUCUCUGUUGAGUUUCUCGAGUAGUACAGCUGAUGACGACCUCCCACAGUGGACCCCCAGCAGCCAUAGAGACCUCCCACGUAGAGAUCCUCCACAGUGGACUCCCAGCAGUUACAGAUUGGGGAAGUUUGUUCGCUCCGAGUCCAACCUUGCCACUCAUGCACGGAGCACGUCGUGUGAUCAGAACGACGGCAAUAGCCUCACGGAAGGUAUCACCAGCACCAGCACGGAUACACAGAGCCUGGAUAACAACACUCAACAGACAUCUAACGAGGGACGGGCUCCUAACAAACAAGCAGAGGGUGUGAAGAGUGUCAGUUCCUCGGUACAGUCCUCCAACAAGUGGGAGAUAGCCUUGGCUCGGUAUAGGACCACGCCCAAGUCACCUGUUCAGACUGCUAGUAAAGAGACGCUAAAUGAACACUCCCAAUCGGUGGUGGAGGCGCGGGCAGAGAGGUUCGGGGGUACCAAGGGGAAGGGCCUGCGGAGGACACAGAGCUUUCAGAUUGGAACUAGAACUACUCCGGUUAUAAAGAAACUUGUUAUUCAUGAGCAGUGAUUAUUAUAGUGUGUUACAGACUCUUGCAAACGUUGUGUGUGUUUAAUUUUUAUUUUGUAUAAUAAUAAUAUGGUUGAAUCUAUGUUUAAAGUGC